GACUUAGCUAGAUUUAAGGAGUGUGUUGAGGUCCGUGCUCUUAAGCAACUACAUCGUUUUUGAUAUGUUUCGGUUUCCCAACAUCGCACCAAACCAAUAUAGACUGGGCGGUGUUGUGUCCGAUAGAGUGCUCCUAGUUGGCUUCGCUGAGAGACGUUCAGUACUAGGAGGCAAAAAAAAUGGCGAAAUCUAUCUCAUGCUUCAAGAUAAUCACCUGCGGUAGCGAUUCAGCGGACAAAGAUGAUCUCGAGGUCUCUGAGAGCAAGGGUUCAGGUGACAAACGUGGCUGGAGUUUCCGGAAAAGGUCUGCCCGGCAUCGAGUGCUUAGCAACACUGUUAUCUCAGAAACUCCCUCUUCUGGAAAUAAGGAAAACCCAGAAUCUGCUACUCUUAAUCAUCCCCUGCCAGCCAACUCUACCGUUCCUGAGAAAGUUUCAGUGAUACAAUCAACAGGUGAAAAACCCCAGUUAUCAACUUCGGUGAACCCAAAAGUAAUUGAGACCAUAGUUGCCGCGGAAAAUGAAAGUACGCCUGAUGUCAACCUGGAGGAGUCUGUUGUUAUUGUCAUCCAAACUGCUAUCAGAGGGUUUAUGGGUCUGAGAAUGCUGUUAAAGCUUAAGAACGUUGUUAAAUUGCAAGCUGCUGUUCGUGGGCACUUGGUACGGAAUCAUGCUGUGGGAACCCUACGUUGUGUUCAAGCCAUUGCCAAAAUGCAAGCUCUUGUUCGUGCCCGACGUACUCGCCUGUCUCUAGAAGUAUCAUGUCCAGAAAAGAAGUUAGAUGAUAAGCACGAGGAGGGUAACAAUAGUACAAAUACCCAGGUGAAUGAAGGUGUAGUAACUAAAUCAACUAUAACGUACACUUCCAUUGACAAGCUGCUAAGUAAUAGAUUUGCUCGUCAGCUGUUGGAAUCAACACCAAAGACCAAACCUAUCCAUGUCAAGUGUGAUUCUUCUAAGCCUGAUUCUGCUUGGAAUUGGUUGGAGAGGUGGAUGUCUGUUACUUCACUAAAUAUUGUGGAGUCAAAAAAAGCAGAGUUAAUAACAGAUCAAGAGAAAAAAGAAAAGGACGAGGAUGUUGUGUCACUGGUGGAAACUAAAGUUCCAUCUGAAGAGUUUAUGGAGUCACAAGAUGUGAGUUCCAGCAAUAAGGAAACACUAGAGAGGUCUGAAAGCGAAGACAAUCUGAUUACUUAUGAUCCCAGCAACUUUGAAUUUCAGGCAUGCCAUCCCACCUCAUCUUUGCAAAAUGAUGUUUUGGAGCAGCAUCAGUCUGAUGUGAAUGAAACCCCAUUGGUGAUAACUUCUACUCCAAAUCAAAGUACUCAAGCAGAUUCAACUUCUCAGGCGGACUUCAAUUCUCUUUCUGUAAAGCCUGAAGCCGAAACUGAAGAACCCAAACGUUCUAUGAAAAGGCUUGCCUCUGAACAGCUUGAGACUGAAGCAAAGAAAUUUGUAUUUGGAUCAAGAAAAGUGAGCAAUCCUGCAUUUAUUGCUGCCCAGUCAAAAUUUGAAGAGCUGAUUUCAACGCCCAAUUCAGAUAAACCAAUGAGUCUAGCCUACGAAGAUGCUGGAGUUGAAUCACAUACAGACACGAUUUUGUCUGGAACGGAUACUGUUAUCAGGACAAAGGAGCUGAUUACGGCAGAAACUUCAGCUCCCCAUAGUUCAAGGGCUCAAGUUGGUGGCUCUGAAUGUGGCACUGAACUCUCGAUUACCUCUACCCUUGAUUCACCUGAUAGGUCUGAAGUUGGAGCCGCAGAAUGUGGGCAUGAAGCCAAAGUUUUAGAGGAAGGAAUAUGCAAUCCUAAUAGCACAGAGAAUGCUGAUGUUGAACCCAAGGAUGCAUCUGUCAUCUCACCAUCCGAUUUAUCGCCCUUUGUCUCAGAUCAACCAGAGAAACCUGGUGAUGCAAAUGGCGAGUCCAUUAAUCUAGAGAUAGCUGCGAACUCCUCACAGAUAAAGCCACAGCUGGAGGAGAAUGCAUCUGAUAUGAAGAGACAGCUGGACUCUGAGAUAGGCCAUCAAUUGUACCGGUCAUCCCCAGAAGCUUCUCCCAGAAGUCACAUAACCGUUCCAGAAUCUCAUGGGACACCUUCUAGUCAGGUGUCUGUGAGAGCUAAAAAGAACAAAACUGAUAAGAGUGGAUCCAACCUUAAGCGUAAAUCACUUUCAGGAGGCAAGAAUUCUCCAUCCAAUCCAAAUCCUGAUUCUGGCUCAAGGAGUAGUAUGGAACAACUGCCUAAAGAUCAGAAAAAUGGGAAGAGGCGCAAUUCCUUUGGUUCACCCAGGCCUGAUCAUAUUGAACAAGAACCAAGAGAUAGUAGUACUAAUAAUUCCCUUCCCCAUUUCAUGCAAGCAACGGAAUCGGCAAGAGCCAAGCUGCAAGCUAACAAGUCUCCAAUAUCAAGUCCAGAUGUGCAAGAUAGAGACAUUUACAUCAAGAAGAGACAUUCCUUACCUGGUGCAAAUGGGAGGCAGGGGUCUCCACGUAUUCAACGGUCAAUGUCUCAAGCCCAACAGGGUGCAAAGGGAAAUGGUACUUAUCAUCACGAAAGAAAAUGGCAGAGAUGAAGGGACACAUUGAAGUGAUUGUACAUCCCAAUGAAAAUUAUGGUACAUCACCUGUUCUAGAUGGGCGAUUUCGAGUCAAUUGAUGAUCUACUUGAAGGAUAGCAUCUUAGUUUUGAAUUCUGGAGUUUUUUUCCAUCUGUGAUUUUACCUUAGUUUAUCCAUCGUGGCUUUCAGGGUGGUUUUGGGAAGUUAUAUAUAUAUAAAGCCGAGUGAUGUUUGCAUGUACAUUACUGUUACCACGACCAUAUUUUUUCCCCUAUUUUUAUUUGCUGUAAUGUCGUUCCUCAGUAAUAAGAUAGUUAAAGAGUAUUUGGUGUGA